UGGGACGCGCUUGUCUUCUGUUUCGUACCCGACGAGGCUGUAGAAACAAGUACCGACGAUAAAAACCACUAAAGAUGAUAAAAACAACCUCAGUGUCUCAACGUUCCUUCUCUUAGAGCUGAUCCACACACUGGGACUUGUUUGACGUCCUGGAUUAUCAACCUGAGGUAAAGGCACAAACGAUGGAAGCCUCUGUGGAGGAAAAGACUCCUGCAGGAGCUUUCACUAUGAGGCAAGGAGUCCAGCUGAAAGCCUCUGCUGAAGCCAUCGCGUUCAUGUCCAGCAUUGAGCCUGUGGAGCUGCUGAGGUGUGUGUUUGCAGACUCUCUGGUGACUGUGUCAGAGGGCGGCAGACAUGUGGGGGACUUCAAUGUGACUUUGGAGUUUGCCCGCAGGAUCCAGCAGCCCUGUGUGAUGCUGUUUGCUCAGAGCCAGGGAACCAUCGACAACUGCCCCUGCGGAACAACAGUGACAGCCUACCUGACUACAAACCUGGAGGUGCUGGAGGAAGAUUACCACGAGUAUGUCAGGCUUGAAGGCCAAACUUUGGACAAGAGGUUUCACAUGGUGCAGCACGAUGGGCUGAUGAUGAUUAAUAAAGUUACCACCGUAGGAGAGGAGGUGACGAAGGAGAGCAUCUCUUAUCCCAAAUCUGUCAUAAGAGGGCUGGUAACUGAGGGCUCCACCCUGCUGCUGAUGCGCCUGAUGGCUCUGAGGAAGAAGGUGCCCCAGAACAUGACCUUCAUCUCCUUGAACCAAGAGUUAAAAAUGUCCCAAAUCAUCCUUAGUGAGCUGGAUGUGAAGGAGCUGGACAUCGGGGGUGAGACGGUGAAGGUGUUUGGAAUGCAGAGGACUAUUCACUCUGUGGGGGAAAGCCCCGCCACCUGGCUGUGCUACUUCCUGGAGGACGGGCACUUGGCCAGUAGAGUGCACGUGGGAUCACCAGUCACUGCAAAGCUUCUGCAUCUGCCAUCACAGCCGGAAAAAGGUUUUGAGAAAAUCCCCCUUAUUUGGGAAGAGGACAUGGAGAUGUGGUCUAAGUUCCUGGACAGAAAGGAGGAGCUGAAGGCGGACCAUAGCUUGUACUUUAGAAAGCACCCAGAGAUCCGUGCUAUCAUAUCUGACUUCAUGCAGUUCUUGUUGCUGAGGAAACCAGAUGACGUCUUCCGUUUUGCCAAAGACUACUUCCUCCCGUUCGCUUCCCAGCCACUUCCAGACUCAAACCUGGAAGCCUCAUCGUCCUGAAGGCUCACAAGAUCAAAACUGUAUUUCAUAACUUGCUGUUAAUUUAUCACUUUCACUUUUGCUUUUCUUCAGAGUGAUAGACGACUAGAUGGUUAUAAAGGAAAUAUGGUUGAAAUGAACAAUUACUUUUAAUCAUGAGACUUCAAAA